AUGACCAUCAUCAUUUUCACUGUGUCUGUCUUGUGCCUGAUGCCAGUUGCGGUGGUGGGUCGGUGGGCGUGUGCGCGCGCCUGCCCCCCCUCAUGCACCUGUACACAGGAGAGGAGCUGCUCUGUGCUGUGUGACCGCACUGCCAUGGCCGAGCUGCCCAAAGAGUUUCCCUGCGAGGCCUCCUCCAUCAACCUGGACAAGAACAGACUCAAGUUUCUGUCAGAAAGAGCGUUUGGGACCCUGCCCUCCCUCAAGUCCCUGUCCCUGGACCACAACAACAUUUCCUUUAUCACUCCUGGGGCUUUCAAGGGUCUGUCCAACUUGAUUGACCUCAGAAUGGCGCACAACGAGUACAUCAGCUACCUCCACACUCGCACUUUCACCGGCCUGAAGAAACUAGUGCGACUGGACAUGUCUGACUGUAACCUGUUCAACAUCCCAGACCGAAUCUUCAUCGAGCAGAUCGCACUGAAGGAGCUGUUCUGCUUCCAGAACAACUUCCGCAGGAUCCCGGGAUCCAUCCGCGGCAUGGAGAACCUCACCCACAUCUACCUGGAGAGGAACAAAAUCGAGGCCGUGGCUUACAACUCACUGCUGGGUCUGACCAAUCUCAAGUACCUAAACCUCCAGGACAACCGCAUUAAUGUGAUCCACGACCAGGCCUUCCAGGACCUCUUGCGUCUGGAGAAUUUCUACCUCAACGACAACCUGCUCUCCACUCUCCCCCGGGUCGCUUUCCAGGGCCUCAGCUGCCUCAAAAUGCUCAACCUCGGGGGAAACCAGCUGACCAACGUAUCCAAGACCUGGUUCAGUGAUCUGGUGGAGCUGGAGGUCCUCUAUUUGGACAGGAACCAGUUGGUGUUCAUUGAAGAAGGCACAUUUGAAAACCUGACCAGUCUGAUCACUCUUCAUCUGAACAGCAACAACCUCACCACGCUCCCCUUCCCAGUCUUCCAGCCCAUCUACCUCCUGGGGCGCCUUUAUCUGUUCAGAAACCCCUGGGAAUGCGACUGUGGCCUGGAGUGGUUGAAGGAGUGGAUGGAGAGCUACAAACUGGUGAGGGACGUCCCGUGUGCGUCUCCAUCUUCGGUAGCGGGACUGGAUCUAAGUGAAGUGGUGUUUUCUAAGAUCAAUGGCACAUGUGUGGAUCCGGCAGAGCUCAACCUGACCACAGCGUCCUCAGAGGUCGGCUCCACUACCGAGAAUAAAUUCAAUAGUCUGAUUUCAAAGCUCCUUCAACAGGAACUGAAGGAGGAAAUGGGCAACAGUUCGGAGAGUCUGAGGAAUGGGACUGCUGUGGAGUCCGAGGAGGCGCAGCUGUCAGACCAGGCCUCAGCACUGGGAACAAACCAGUGGAUCUGGAUCCUGCUGUUCUGGGCUCUGCUGUCACACAUCAGUGACUGCUACGUCCCGUUGUGCACUUGA